GUUAAUGCGCAUAAUUCUAAUAUACUCAUACCCAAGUCAUACACACCUUGCAAAAGUCUAGAAGAUUCAAAAAAAAGAUCUGACAAAAAUGUAAAAUUUUUUGAUACAGGGGUUUUCAGGUCUGAUUUGCCAGUUAAUUUUAAUCUAGAUCCUAAAACUUUUGAAGAGAUCAUUGAAAAUAUAGAUGGUAUCUUGAAAUUUGCAAUUUUUAACAAAGUAUAUGGAGAGAAUAUAGGAAUGUUUGAUCAAGAAAAAACAGAAAAGUUUAUUAAUCUUAAAACAGUUCAAACAAAUAUUGUACAGGAAUUGAAAAAAUGUACAACAUCUAAAAGGUUGCCCACUAUCUAUCGUAUAAGUGCUUCUCACAUAAAUCAACACAUUAUUCUGAUGCAUGAAACACGUGCUUUUUAUUUAUCUACCAUAUCAGAAUUAAAAGAAAACUACCAUCAUCACAAGAACCAAUUAAAUUAUUGGAAAAUAGAACUAGUUAAAGCAAACCAACAGCAAGAUUUUAUAAAAGUUUUUUAUGUUAUUAGAACAAUUUAUCAUAAUAAUUCAUUACAAUUGGCUUAUAAAACAAUACUAGAUUUAUUUGGUCACUUUGUGAUGCAUAAGGAAUCACGUUGGUAUUUAGAAGAUAUAGCAGAAAA